CUCGGCCGGUACAAAGCAAGGACACAAAUCUGCAAAACAUGAAGAUUUCGAAGCUAUCACAGCCCUGCGCUGCUUGCCUCUGUACCAUCUUAAUACCGGUUCUUCUCACGAGCACGUACGCGUGGAACCUACCUCCAAUCACAAAUAAUGGUAAGUUCCCGCGCAUGCGCAGAAAACACGUUUCUUCAUCAUCAUCAUCAUCAGCAUCGCCAUCAGCAUCAUCAAGCACGUCUACCUCUCCAAAAUCUACCUCAAGCCUGCUCCAGCAGGUUCUUCCUCUCCAAUUGAGGACAAGCAGUAUUGGGAACAAGCUCCGCUUGCAACAGGGGGCGCGCAAUAACAACCUCGAAGUGGGUUGGCCCCCGACGAUUAGCGCUAAAAGAAGAAAUAGAAGAAGAAGACGUCGGAGAAGACCUGCUAAAUGGCAUCGCGCGCGCAGACAUCCACCUGAGGAAGCGACAGAAGUGUACACCGGAGGCAGUGGAACAGUAUAUCAGAGAUACUUUGUGAAUUUCUUCAUUAAUGUGUCACUAACGGAAGUUUACGAGAUAUUGGCCAGUGUGACCGUCAAAGAUGUCCGUGACUUCGGAAGAUUUGGCUACUCUGCUGUUGUGGAGGCAAGUGAGAGUGAAGUGGAUAACAUACGUGUCAGUAACUCUCACUCUGUUAACUUCACCGAACAAGACGCAUACGCCGGGGCCAAUUGUGAGACACACGUGGCUUCCUCUAGUUAUCGCUGGGGCUUGGAUCGUAUAGACCAUCCGGACAUUGUAACGGCGGACGAUGAGACUUUGAGCAUAAAUAACAAUGGGACAGGCGUGGAUGUCUACGUGCUGGAUACAGGCAUUGCUAAAAACCACAUGGACUUUGACGAUGGGUCCGGUGUUAACCGUGUCAUCUCGCUCUGCUACGAUGCCUGGGAGUCCGUUGCCAACUGUGGUGGGGUCAACGACAGCGCCGACGACCACGGUCACGGGACGCACAUCGCAGGUCUCGUGGGGUCCCUCACCUGGGGGGUCGCCAAACGUGUCACACUGAUUUCGGUGAAGGUGCUGGACAGUAACAAUACCGGAACCGUCAAUGACGUUAUCGGCGGCAUCGACUGGGUCAAACAACAAUAUGCCGCCAGGGGGCGCCCUGCUGUGGCCAUCAUGGCGCUGAACACGGGGAUCCAAGUCACGCUGAAUAACGCGGUAACCAGCAUGUAUGACGAGGGGAUUGUGCCCGUGGUAGCGGCGGGCAAUAAUGGAGGUGACGCGUGUUUUUAUUCACCAGCCAGCACCCCGGAGGCCAUUGUAGUAGGUGCACUGACUUCAACAGACACCCUGACAAGUUUUACCAAUGGGGGCAACUGUACAGGCAUAUACGCCCCAGGGGAGGCGAUCGGUAGCUCCUAUUACCGGAGUCCAGAUCUCGCCCAAUUUUUAGUCAUGCAAGGGUCCUCCCAGGCCGCCGCCUUCGUCGCCGGAACUGUGGCCGUAUUAAUCGCUGAUAACGUCGGCCAAAACGAGACUGGAGGCGACUUCGUCGAGGCUAUCAAGACCGCCCUCUAUGAUUUGUCUGCGCUUGGAAAAAUAACAGGAUACGUUCCACACAAUCGUCUGCUUCAAGUACCACGUGACACGUGUUAGGUUGCCAUGGUGAUGUAGUUCAAGGCGUCUUGGCAACAUUACGCAAAUGAAAUAAACUUGAAAACUGUUUGUUGUCUUCUGUUUUUGAACAAACGGUACAAACGAUUGUUCAAGAGGCAGCUGGUUCUACCUUCAGCUGAUAUUUUACAGUGCUGUCUAAUCAUGAACAACUUGUAUACACGUGACCUCAUGUAAUACAUGUUACUAUAACAAAUAGUAUGUGAAAUAUUAUAUUGUCUAUGACAACUUUCAAUCCUGUCUUCAUUUCU